GAGCGUCGUCAACGCUAAUCGAGACGACGUUUCGUUUUCUACCCGUUACUUUCUUCCUUCCUUCUACGAAGAAGAGAAGAGAAAAAGAAUUUCAAGCUGUCGGUCGCGAGGUUAUUUCGUAGCUGAAAUCCCGCAAGAUUCAGCGGGAUUCGUUCCCGUUUAAUUAUCUCUUGUUCGCGUCCCGUGAAAUCGAACGUCCCCCUGUCGCUCUCCUCCGCUUGUUUGAUCAGCUUCAGGAGGUGCAGCUUCGGCAAAUUGGCGAUGCGAUCCGCGCGGACGGUGCACCGGCGAUUAACGCGUACGUGCUGGGAAUACUCGAGACGAACGGGGAAAGGUAGAAGCUGUUUGGAGAACCAUGGACGGAAGUCUACGUUAGACGGUCGCUGGUCGUGGAUCUCGCGUGGACUAUGAAGCGUGAUCGACGAACGAUCGAGGCGAGACGCCAGUAAAUUUUUCAAACAACACGGAAGUCUAUCAAUAGUUGAAGAGAUUUCAAAGAAACGUAUCGUUCAGGAAGAAUUAAAGUUGUUUGUGGAUGAAAAGAGUUUCUUAUUCCGACAGUGUGUGCGCGCCUCUGUGUGUAAUUUGCUUCGUUGAAUGGCAACAUAGAAAAGUGUGUCGUUAUGCUCCCCUGCGUUUAGAGCGAACCCCCAUGUUUCGAUUAAUCAAGUGACCGGUUAAGUUUCUCGAUACGCAGUGACAUCAAUAAGCGAUGACCAGUGAUUACGCGAACUCGCGUCGUUCUAUCGUCUCGCAUUUUUCCAGCAGGUUUAUCUUCGGUGAAAACGACCGCGUGAUCUACAUGGAUCGACUCGGUGUACCGGUGCACCGCGGAAGAGCGAACAAUGGGUAUGAGAAGAGCAGAGGCUAAGUAGCAGGCUGCAGGUACAGGAACAGUGAGGGCGAAACGGGAAGUGUGUGCGUGUGCGUGUGCGUGCCGACUGAGAAGGACAAGAGGGUGAGAAAAGAAAGAAAAAAAAUUGGGUGAAAAUCGAGAAGGAGAACGGUAACGAGCGAGUUUGAGGUUCGUGGAAAAGGAAGGAUCUAGAGAAGACGAGGCUGCGUACGGUCGGGGAAAAGAUGAAGGAACAAAGAUUAUGGACGGUGAUUUGCAUGUUGUGUCUCGUAAUGGGUUUGAGCCUGGCACAAACAUCGCAGCUCUGCCCAUCGCACGCCGAGAUAUCGCCCUGUUCCUGCACCUUGAAAAAAUCCGGCCUUGACAUCGUAUGCGAGUUCACCGAUCUCACCCACAUAUCCAAGGUUAUGGGCUCGUUGAAGGGAAGAACGAACACGGUGAUUUUCUAUUUGAGGCUCAGGCAUAACAGCUUGCCGAAAUUGCAGCCAUACGUGUUCCUUGGCCUCGAUAUUCGUCAUUUAACCAUUCACAACAGCAGCCUGGCGAAACUCGAGGAAUCUUCUCUCAGCUCCAUCGGAACUGGCCUGACGCAGCUUGAUCUAUCGCAGAACGCUUUGCUCUCAGUACCAUCGAGCGCGUUGAAAGAUCUUCAGCACUUACUUAUCUUAAACCUGAACCGUAACAAGAUCAAAGCGAUUCAUAAAAAAGCUUUCGAAGGGUUGGACACUCUUGAAAUCCUUUCUCUAUACGAAAAUGAGAUUUCCACUGUGGAGGAGGAUGCCUUCAAAGGGCUGCACAACAGGAAGCUGAGGAGACUGAAUCUGGGAGGAAACGAGUUGAACAAAGUACCGACUCAAGCUCUGCGCACUCUGGACAUGCUGAAGAAGCUGGAGAUGCAGGAGAAUAGGAUCACCGCCAUUGAAGAGGGUGAUUUCGAGGGUCUGAAGAGUCUGGAUUCGUUAGGGUUGGCUCACAAUCAGCUUCGCGAGGUACCCGCUCGUGUGUUCGCUCACUUGACGCAAUUAAACUCUUUGGAGAUGGACGGAAAUCAAAUUACCCACGUUGAUCCGGACGCGUUCAUCGGUCUCGAGGAAAAUCUGCAAUAUUUACGGCUGGGGGAUAAUAAUUUACAUGCAGUUCCGAGCGAUGCGUUACGACGUCUUCAUCGACUACGGCAUCUCGAUUUAAGGGCGAAUAACAUUACCGUGCUCCCGGAGGAUGCUUUCACCGGAUACGGAGAUUCCAUUUCGUUCCUUAAUCUCCAGAAGAAUCUGAUCAAGGUGUUACCACCGUUGGUUUUUGAGAACCUGAACUCUUUGGAAACGUUGAAUCUGCAGAACAACAAGCUGACGCAAAUACCGGAAGAAGUGACCGAGAAUAUCGUCGACACCCUUCGACACAUCGAUAUCACAGACAAUCCAUUGAUCUGCGACUGCGAGCUGCGAUGGUAUUCCGUCUGGCUGGGAAAUCUACGGGACAAGGACGACGAAAGAAUGUCGAGGAAACGAACGGUGUGCACGAUGAUCAGCGAGCACCGGGAGUACUCGGUCCAGAAUCUACCUUUGGAGAGAAUGGGCUGCGUCGGGAAAAACGCUGGGCGAACCUCGUCAGCUGGCAGUAGCUGCAUCUACGUCGACGCGAUGUUACAAAUGCUAGCGACUGCUAUUGUUCUGUUUUAAUUGCGUUCCCUUCAGACACACGACCCUCGACGAUCUCAGCCUCCUCCGGCUCUGAUGCGAAUCCGUUUUUCUGAUCAAAGAAACGCGAGAACCCGCGCCGGUUUGUAAUCCUUCUCUUCGUUGAAUCCAUCGUUCCGUCGUCGAGAAAUCGUGCCACGAUCGCGGAGACGUGACACGAUUCUACGAUUAACAUGUUUAUUCAUGGUGGAAUGCUUUUUGAAAAUCAAUAGCUCCCUUCCUGGAGAUUUCUACGAUUCAUCAAAGACUCGAAAGGAUCUAGUCGAUCGUUUAAUUGUAAGAUACUUGUUAACCGAGGUAGAGGAGUUAAUUGAGAGGGAAAUACAUCGCAGUAGCAAUAUUGUACCUUGUACAAGAUAAAUUAACUCAGCUUCAUUCGCUCUUUGUUACAGUCACGAGGGGAAAUAGUUCCUUCUUGGUUGAAAAAUGACUCGGUUAACAGGUUAAUCCGUCGAAUUGAUGGUGAUACUUUUAUCAUGAUAAUUUUAUGCUCUAGUUACAUGGAUUCAAAGUGAACAGCAGUCGACUAGUCUCUCGGGGUGUCAGUCGCGAUUACUUGCAGAAUGUUUCAUUGUUUUAUUUGAGGAAUGAUAUAUCUAUAAGCAUCUUGAUUAUGAUCGACGAAGGGAUGGAAAACCAUGGGUGAAAGGAUAACGAAAAAAAAAAAAAUAUAAACGAGGGAAUCUCGAUCGAGACGUGCGAUGAGAGGGUGAAACGAAGGCACCACGACAUCAGGAUUAUUAUCACGCGAGCCUUUUUUCACCGAACGUUACAUAUCAAGAUCGUUGCCAAGUAUUUUCUGGAUGUCUGUUACACUCGCGAUAACGCGAGACGCGUAAGCAUAACUCGAUAGAAAAUUCGAAUGUCUGUAGUUUAGUCGUCAUUCUAUUGGUCCACGGACAUUCAUCUUAAUACAUAUCAACGCGUUCCCGAAACGUUGGGACAAGUUAUUAAUAAUUUCUUGAUGUUACGUUUCGUACGUCACAAUCUCGUCGUAGUUUGCAUCGUGGAUCAUCUUUUUCUUUUCCACUGUUCAUUGUUGUAGAAAGUAACGGGAAUGAUCAUCUGGUAGACGAAUUCAUAAAUCAAGAUUUUGAAGACUAUUUCGAUGAUAGUCGAAUAAUUAAAGAACGAAGGAAGAAAAUUACACUAAAAUUACGCUACAUAAUUCAAUUAAAACUUUAGAUUGAUAAAAGUAUCCCUAGUACUCUUUAAAAAAAAAACAAAAAAAAACAAAAAAAAAACAGAAGAUUCAGUUCACUUGAAAAGUGUCAAAUUUUCAUUCUCUUUUAUACAUAUAUUUUUUAUAGAACAUUUCAACGCGUUGAAAUUACGUUCAUGGUGAAAAAUAUUUUUAAAAAGUGUAUCGAUACGAGUAAAGCAAUCGUAUGUAAUCGAUCAUUAGCCAUACCCUUUUAGAGGCGUAGUCUUUACCAUUAAAUAGAUCUUGAGAUGAUUCCGGUUGCUUAACUCCAUUCACAAAGGACCGACCGGUCGAAAUGGAAUAACGACUGCUGAUGAAACGUAAUGUACUCAACAGGAAACCGACACUUGUCAAUUCCAUUCAAAUGGCUUGGUAGCUUAUGUUUCGUAGCUAUACUGCUCUCUUAGGACAGGGACGCUUACACGCACACACGAGAAAAUUACAUCGUUGUCUUUCAGCGAACGAAGACGUUGAAACGAUCUACGUAUGGCGUACGUCGCAGUAAAGCUUUUGCAACUCGAACCCGUAUCAUUUUUCAACGACUUAUAGCUUCGGUUUAUUUGCCUAUCCCUCUACUAUUUUCUUUCUUAUUUCAACAGCGCACAGAUUGUGACGUGCGAACAACGGCUGCUUGUAUUUAGAGUUGCGAAACGUGUUCGAAAUUCGCUUAGAACGGCUGACGUCAAAGAAGUCUGCAAUAUUUUUCGAUGAACGUGAGAAAUUAGAUUAAUUACACGAAACGAAGAAAGUAUGAGGACAAAUCCUGUACACCUAAUGUUAUAUUAUCAAUUAGAUGUAUACUUGUAUAUCGUAGAAACGAGUUUAAUACUCUGUCACCAGUACGGUAGAACCUGCGUUAUUGAAAUUAAUAAGGAAAUUAAUUUCUUUUGAUAAUAGAACAUAAACUGAGGAUAAGAAAAAUGAAUAGCUUUGCAAUAGUCCAUCUUUCACUUCAAUAAUUAAUACUACAUAUUUUUAUUUUCAUUUGCAAUAACUUGCAAAUAACUUAAUAGGAGAUUUGAAUACCGCAGGUUCCACUGUAUUUAUUCUAAAACGCUGAAGAAAAAGAAAAACAUAUCGUCGAACACCUUUCGUAGACUGUAUAUCGCGCGAAACAAUAUUAUUGAAGAUACGUUCACAGAACGUAGUGGUUAUUAAAGCAUUCACGUGGAAAGUAAA